AGCCUGCCACCUCCUGGUGAAAUACAGGCAACAACAAAAACACGCAACAGCAUUGAACAGCGUUUAUUGCACGACUAACCAAAAAGAUACGGCCACCACAUAAGUAGCCACUGAAUUAACGUUUUGUUUUUGAGUCUAAGUAAAACCUACGGGGGAAGCGUCCUUUAAAAAUACAUUUAGACGACUUCCUUUGGAUUGAAAAACACGUUUUGAAGCUUGAAAUCUUUCAGCAUUCACGGUGCCAUGGCUCAGUGCUCAGAUGUAGUUUAAACCAAUCAGUGCGCUUGCACAUGCGAGCAGUUUGACCGAUUUACACAUCGCGUGCGAACUAACCGCUUCUCGUGACAGCGGGACAGAUGCUUCUCAGGCAAAUGCUGCCUUCACUGCAGGAAGUGUAACAAAGCAGCACGGCGCAUGCUCUUGUGCCUUACUCACAAGCAAGAGGAUGAACUAUCCCCAGCUGUAAAACGCUCUGUGGGGAGGGGUGAUGGCGGGUGCUGAGGCCGCGGUGUCUUCAGGGGAUCUCAUGACAGUGAAGGAAGAGGAAGGGGAGUCCAGUAGCAACAGCUAUAAGUCUGAAGUCAUCCUGCACCUGCAGCCCAUCCCACAUGGGUUAAAUGAUGACAUUGCUAACACUGGCACUACAGUUUUGGCCAUAGAGACACAUCAUGAAGACAGUAAAGCAGAAGGAGAGGAGAUUGAGUAUGGCUACCCCAUCACCUGCGGAGACAGAAGAGCUGUGCUACUAUUUAAGAAGUUUGUUUGCCCUGGAAUCAACGUCAGAUGUGUCAAAUUCAACGACCAGCUCAUCAGUCCCAAGCAGUUUGUACAUCUGGCAGGAAAAGCCACUCUGAAGGACUGGAAAAGGGCCAUCAGACUGGGAGGGGUAAUGCUCAGGAAAAUGAUGGACUCCGGCCAGAUAGAUUUCUACCAGCAUGACACCGUGUGCAGCAACACCUGCCGCAGCACUAAAUUUGAUGUGCUCAACAACAGCACGCGGCUUCCUCCGGGGACCUCAGUGCAGCCGCGCCCGUCAUGUCUGGCUCUUGACCUGGUUGGAGGACAGGUGCCUCCCCUGACAGGAGAGGGUGGGCAUGAUGCAGUAGAGAUAGAGGAGCCUUUGGAGGAGAAGUGCAAUGCAACGGCAGAGUGGAGCCCUGGUCCAGCCCGGGAAGUAAAUCACACAACAACCAACGGCCAUGCUGCGAAGAGAAAGAGAGCUGACACACCUGAUGGAGUACUGAGCCUGUGGAAGGGUGUGGCAGACUCGGGGCUGAUGGCCGAGGUUCUGUCCAGUCUCCAGACUGAAUUAUUAGCCACUCUUAAAGGAGUGGAGGUUCGCAGUGGGAAGGCCAACCUGCAGGAGACGGAUGCCGUCAUGCUUAAUUCCCUGUGUAAGAUGUUUGGCCUUUUAGACUCAGUGAAGCAAGCUCUGGACCUGAAGCGCAGCCAAGAUGAAGAGAACAAACUCCAUAACAAUGUUAAUGUGCCGGAUGAGAUGUUGGAGGAGCGGAGGACGCAGGGUUCUGAUAAACGUAUCUCCUGCAAAACUCUGCACUUGAAACACCUACGACUUCACAACCCGUCAAACAGCCGGACCCACAACUUGCUGUCUCCCGUCAAAACAAGCCCAGUGAUCCAGCCUCUCUCUGCUACCGGUUUAUCUGCUGCAGCUUACGCUCAGCUCACAAUCAACCCUCAGCUCUUCACCCUUUUCCCUGGCUCCAAUGGCCUGCACCACCAUGCCGGAGCUGGCAAGAUGGACAGGGACAGCCAUAAAGCCCAGCUGGAGAGGGAGAAUGAGCUCGGUGAGACAGGGAACCAGGACAAGCUUUGCAGGCUGGGACAGGAGGGCGUGGAGGGCGAGGUCACGUCAGGGAUCCACAAAGAGACUGUACAGAGGACUGUUAAGUUUGAAGAAGACCAUUACCGUAGAAUCGAGGAGGUAGAGGAGACGGAGGGCUUGCAUGAUAUUGAAAAGGUGGAUUUAGGAAAAAAGGCGUCAAAGAAACAUAAAAGUAAGUGAGGGAGAAAGAGGCUCCCAAAAGAAUGCUGGACUAAGUGAGGGAAUGUGCCUGAAACCCGAAGACUGAACGUUACUUUUUUUUCUUGGAUUCUCAUAUCUAUACUGUGGUUACUGUUGCCAUGUUACAGGCACAUAUUUUUUUCUUGCAUUGAGACAUAUGAGAAGAGCAUUUUGGACAUGCAUUUCUAACAUAGAGCUAAAAUGAUUCAUUGAUUAGCAGACUGACAGAAAAGGAAUUAUUUUGAUAAUUAGUUGAAUUAGAAUAAGUUGUUAUCUAAGUAAAAAUUCCAAAAUUGGGGUUUUAACUGUUGGUUGAACAAAAUAGAAAAUAUUUAGCAAUAUGAAGCCAUCACUUUGUGUUCCGGGAAUUUGCAAUGGACUUUUUUUUUUCUUUUCUUUUUUGUUUUACUAUUUCUGAUAUGUUAUAGACUAAAGUGGAUUAAUCUGCAAUACAUAAUCAGCAGUUUAAUUGAUCAAGAAGUAAUGGUUAGUUGUAGCCCUAAAACAAAGAAAUCUAUCUUGUCUAUUGAAUAUAGUAUAUUAGGAACAAUACUCUGUAAGUGUUUCUAAAUGAAAGUCAGAUAAAUACAAUAUUAAGGUUCUAUUUUUGAUAUUUGAUGAUAAUAUUUUCCCUCGUCUAAAAGUAAUUUGCUGGUCUUUGCGACACAUUAUUCCUCAUACUUUUAUAUUUAGUUUAUACUACUAUUUGUAAUUUAAUAUUUUGUGAGUUACACUUGUGUGUUGAAUUUUAGAUUAUUUGGAUUUUGUGAAAUAUAUCUCACUCAGGCUUGUAUUUUGGCCCUUGUCACAUUGCCUAAGACCUGCCUAAGAUCUAUGCACCCAGCAUUCCCUGUCUGAAGAUCAAAUUCUUCUUCAUUUGUGACAGUGAAAGCUGUUUAUAAA